AUGCAAGGAAUAUCUACAAUAUUAUUGUCCUGCUUAUUAUCACUACCAUUUCUAGUUCAAUUACGCCCUUAUUUUCCAAAUAUCAAACAAAUGUCGCAAUCUAUGCUCGAAGAAUCUAUGAACAAAAAUAUAGGAUAUAAUUAUGGAGACCAAAUCAAUAUCGGUUUCAGUGAUUUCGAACUUAUUCAGGCCAAAAAUCGUGAAGUUGAACUCCAACAAAAGUAUGAUUUAACUGCAAUUGUACUUCAUUGGAAGCGAUCAGACAGUACCAAAAUCGUUGUAGAUUAUUUACUUCAUUCUAAUCUGUUCAAAGAAAUUAUCAUUUGGAAUAAUAAUCCACAAAUUAAUCUUGAAAAAUCUCUAUUUCAAAACUAUAAUCAUUCAUUAGAGUCUAUUCGUAUAAUUAAUUCAAAAGAGAAUCUCAAAGAUCAAGCUAAAUAUCGUGCAUGCGUUGAAGCAAAAACAAUGGCUUGUUUCUAUGUGGAUGAUGAUUGGGAUGCAUCAUCCUAUUUGAAAAGUCUCGUAGCUGAUUUUAGCGCUGCUCCAUAUGNUAGUUCCUUUAGUGCGUAA